GGAGGGAGGGAGCGAGCGAGCGAGCGAGGCAGGCAGGCAGGCGGGCCGGGCGGGAGGGAGGGCGCGCGGGCGGCGGCGGCGGCGGCGAGAGCAGAGGACGAGCCGGGACGCGGCGCCGCGGCACCAGGGCGCGCAGCCGGGCCGGCCCGACCCGACCGGCCACACGGUGGAGCCUUCCGAAGCCAGAACCCACCAGCACCGAGGCAGCGUUCGCCAGCGGGCCCAAGGCCGGGACCUAUGUUCACACUUUAACCCCCGCCCGCCGAGACCACGAUAACUCCUUCCUCGAAGCCCGACAGCCCCCCAGCCCCGCGCGCCCCCGGCCUGCCUCCUGCCACCCAGCUGCCCGCCAUGCCCUCCAGCGGCCCCGGGGACACCAGCAGCUCCGCUCCGGAGCGGGACGAGGACCGAAAGGAAGGAGAAGAGCAGGAGGAGCCUCGUGGCAAAGAGGAGCGGCAGGAGCCCAGCACCACCGCCCGGAAAGUGGGCAGGCCCGGGAGGAAGCGCAAGCACCCGCCGGUGGAAAGCAGCGACACGCCCAAGGACCCUGCGGUCACCUCCAAGUCCCCGUCCAUGGCCCAGGACUCAGGCCCCUCCGAGCUGUUACCCAACGGGGACUUGGAGAAGCGGAGUGAGCCCCAGCCGGAGGAGGGGAGCCCUGCUGGGGGGCAGAAGGGCGGGGCCCCAGCUGAGGGCGAGGGUGCAGCCGAGGCCCCGCCCGAAGCCUCCAGAGCGGUGGAGAAUGGCUGCUGCACCCCGAAGGAGGGCCGAGGAGCCCCUGCAGGCGAGGGCAAAGAACAGAAGGAGACCAAUGUGGAAUCCAUGAAAAUGGAGGGCUCCCGGGGCCGGCUGCGGGGCGGCCUGGGCUGGGAGUCCAGCCUCCGCCAGCGGCCCAUGCCGCGGCUCACCUUCCAGGCGGGCGACCCCUACUACAUCAGCAAACGCAAGCGGGACGAGUGGCUGGCACGCUGGAAAAGGGAGGCUGAGAAGAAAGCCAAGGUCAUUGCCGUGAUGAAUGCUGUAGAAGAGAGCCAGGGGUCCGGGGAGCCCCAGAAGGUGGAGGAGGCCAGCCCUCCUGCUGUGCAGCAGCCCACCGACCCCGCCUCCCCCACUGUGGCCACUACGCCCGAGCCCGUGGGGGCUGAUGCCGGGGACAAGAACGCCACCAAAGCAGCCGACGACGAGCCGGAGUACGAGGACGGCCGGGGCUUUGGCAUUGGGGAGCUGGUGUGGGGGAAACUGCGGGGCUUCUCCUGGUGGCCAGGCCGCAUAGUGUCCUGGUGGAUGACGGGCCGGAGCCGUGCAGCCGAGGGGACCCGCUGGGUCAUGUGGUUCGGAGACGGCAAGUUCUCAGUGGUGUGCGUGGAGAAGCUGAUGCCGCUGAGUUCGUUCUGCAGCGCCUUCCACCAGGCCACCUACAACAAGCAGCCCAUGUACCGCAAGGCCAUCUACGAAGUCCUGCAGGUGGCCAGCAGCCGCGCGGGCAAGCUCUUCCCGGCCUGCCAUGACAGUGACGAGAGCGAUACUGCCAAGGCCGUGGAGGUGCAGAACAAGCAGAUGAUCGAGUGGGCCCUUGGGGGAUUCCAGCCCUCGGGCCCCAAGGGCCUGGAGCCACCAGAAGAGGAGAAGAACCCCUACAAAGAAGUUUACACGGACAUGUGGGUGGAACCCGAGGCAGCCGCCUACGCCCCACCCCCACCAGCCAAAAAACCACGGAAGAGCACGACGGAGAAGCCCAAGGUCAAGGAGAUCAUUGAUGAGCGCACACGAGAGCGGCUGGUGUACGAGGUGCGGCAAAAGUGCCGGAACAUCGAGGACAUCUGCAUCUCGUGUGGGAGCCUCAAUGUCACCCUGGAACACCCCCUCUUCAUUGGAGGAAUGUGCCAAAAUUGCAAGAACUGUUUCCUGGAAUGCGCCUACCAGUACGACGACGAUGGCUAUCAGUCAUACUGCACCAUCUGCUGCGGGGGGCGCGAGGUGCUCAUGUGUGGGAACAACAACUGCUGCCGGUGCUUCUGUGUGGAGUGUGUGGACCUCUUGGUGGGGCCGGGGGCUGCACAGGCGGCCAUUAAGGAAGACCCCUGGAACUGCUACAUGUGUGGCCACAAGGGCACCUACGGGCUGCUGCGGCGUCGGGACGACUGGCCCUCUCGGCUCCAGAUGUUCUUCGCCAAUAACCACGACCAGGAAUUCGACCCUCCGAAGGUUUACCCGCCUGUCCCAGCUGAAAAGAGGAAGCCCAUCCGGGUGCUGUCUCUCUUUGAUGGAAUUGCUACAGGGCUCCUGGUGCUGAAGGACUUGGGCAUCCAGGUGGACCGCUACAUCGCCUCAGAGGUGUGCGAGGACUCCAUCACGGUGGGCAUGGUGCGGCACCAGGGGAAGAUCAUGUACGUGGGGGACGUCCGCAGCGUCACACAGAAGCACAUCCAGGAAUGGGGCCCAUUUGACCUUGUGAUCGGGGGCAGCCCCUGCAACGACCUCUCCAUUGUCAACCCUGCCCGCAAGGGGCUGUAUGAGGGCACUGGCCGGCUCUUCUUUGAGUUCUACCGCCUCCUGCAUGACGCGCGGCCCAAGGAGGGAGAUGAUCGCCCCUUCUUCUGGCUCUUUGAGAAUGUGGUGGCCAUGGGCGUUAGUGACAAGAGGGACAUCUCACGAUUUCUCGAGUCCAACCCCGUCAUGAUUGAUGCCAAAGAAGUGUCGGCCGCACACAGGGCCCGCUACUUCUGGGGUAACCUUCCCGGUAUGAACAGGCCGUUGGCAUCCACUGUGAAUGAUAAGCUGGAGCUGCAGGAGUGUCUGGAGCAUGGCAGGAUAGCCAAGUUCAGCAAAGUGAGGACCAUCACUACCAGGUCAAACUCCAUAAAGCAGGGCAAAGACCAGCACUUCCCCGUCUUCAUGAACGAGAAGGAGGACAUCCUGUGGUGCACUGAGAUGGAAAGGGUGUUUGGCUUUCCUGUGCACUAUACCGACGUCUCCAACAUGAGCCGCUUGGCGAGACAGAGGCUGCUGGGCCGGUCGUGGAGCGUGCCCGUGAUCCGCCACCUCUUCGCUCCGCUGAAGGAAUACUUUGCUUGUGUGUAAGGGACGUGGGGGCAAACCGAGGUAGUGACACAGUUAAACAAACAAACAGCAACCACAAAACACAAUAAAACACCACGAACGUGAGGAUGGAGAGAAGUAUCAGCACCCAGAAGAGAAAAAGGAAUUUAAAACAAAAACCACAGAGGCGGAAAUACCGGAGGGCUUUGCCUUGUGAGAAGGGUUGGACAUCAUCUCCUGAUUUCUCAAUGUUAAUCUUCAGUCCUAUUUAAAAACAAAACCGAGACCCCUCCCUCCCUUUCCUCUCUGCUCCCCCUCCCCUCAUUUUUUUGGGUCAAACCUUUUGUUUUCUACUCUUUCAGAGGGGUUUUUCUGUUUGUUUGGGUUUUUGUUUCUUGCUGUAACUGAAACAAGAGGGUUAUUGCAGCAAAAAUCAGUAACAACGACAACAAAAUAGUAACAAUACCUUGAGAGGGGCGGUGGGAGAGAGGGAAUGGAAAUUCUAUAGAAAUCUAUAUAUUGGGAAUUUUUGGUUUUUUUUUUUUGUUUGUUUUUUACUAUAUAUCUUUUUUUUUUUUUUUCGUUGUCUCUAGCCUGAUCAGAUUAGGAGCACAAGCAGGGACAGAAAAUAGAGACACUCAGGCAGCCGCAUUCUCUUCCAGCCAUGAGCUGCCUGCCAGCACCAUUCCUGGUCAUGCAAAACAGAAUCCAACUAGGGGCAGGGGACACGACACCACACAAGACCCUUUUCUACAGUAUUUCAGGUGCCUACCACACAGGAGACCUUGAAGAAAAUCAGUUUCUAGAAGCCGCUGUUACCUCUUGUUUACAGUUUAUAUAUAUAUGAUAGAUACGAGAUAUAUAUAUAAAAGGUACUGUUAACUACUGUACAACCCGACUUCACAAUGGUGCUUUCAAACAGCGAGAUGAGUAAAAACAUCAGUUCCACGUUGCCUUACGUGCAAAGGGUUCCAACCAAGGGUGGAGAAAGGGGAUGCAGCUUGCUGGGUUGUUUUUUUUUCCCCUUGGUUUUUAACGAGGUGAAGGAGGAAGGAGAGUUGGGGAGCGGCGUCCUCCCGCCUCUCCCUGCCAAAAACAAAAAAACGGGACGGGCGGUGGGGAUGUAAGAUGAGGUGGCCGGGAGCGUGGAGAGCUGAGAGUGGUAUCAGCCAGACCCAUGCAAUAACCUUUUGAUUUUUUUCUAAGAGGAGACUCCGUGGGCAGGAUGGCAGGGUGAGGGGUCCUCGUUCCCAGCGGCCCGCAGAUCUGAGGGCUCCUGCGGUGGGAUGAGAAAGACCCAGAGUGUGGGCCAGUGACAGUUACAGACCCACCUGGAGCAAAUAAAAAACAUACAGAGCGCACUGGUGCUUCCUGUCUAAGUCGCCUCUUGUGUGUUCUUUUAUGAGGCCUCAGCAUCCAGCCCCUGUGCACAAGGCGGCCACGUGCCCCUGGAAUGUGAUGUUUUUGGUCAUCUCCACAGGCUGCAGUUUUAUACUGGGAGGCUAAUGACAUCUUUAUUAUCGUUAUUAUGCUUAUGGUUCUGGUUAUCAUUAUGUUUGUUUUCAGAUUUUCUUUAAGAAAACAAAAACCCAACCCCCUUCCCUUUGGGUUUCAAACCAAGGUGCGGGGAGCAGGGUGCUUCUAAGUGGCGGUGGCUCUGGUGCCCUGGCUCCCGCCCCUCGGGCCAGGUGGGCCACUGGGUGCAGCAAGAGCCAGGCGGCCGGGCGGGGGGCCGGGGUGUCCCCAGGGCCCGCCUCCGGCUCCUCACUCUUCUCUUCUCCUUCCCUCCUCUCGGGUCAGGUGCGUCAGGGCUGGAGGGAGGCCCGGCCGGCUCUCUCCUUGUGUGUGUGUGUGUGUGUGUGUGUGUGUGCGCGCGCACGUGGAGUGGUGUGUAUUUCUUUUCUAGUACUUGGUCUGAUGAUAGCUGUGCUCUUAGCGCGAGUCAGCAGCACCUGGAGCCCAAGUGCUCGAGGACGCCUGGUCCCGCUUCCUACCAAGGCAGGCAGCCCGGCAGUGGCGGUAGGAAGGGGCGGCGGCGGCUCCAGGGCGAGGGCCCGACGGGCGUUGCUUGCCUGGGUGGCUGGGGUGUAGAUAUGUGGCAUAUAGAGAUAUAUAUUUUAUAAUGGGAGGGGUGGGCGGCACCUCCUGGGACCGGCAAGGGCUGGGAGGUGUGCUGCGAAGCACAUGGUCCCAGUCCUCGUCCCGAGAAAGAUGGGGCCUACGGUGAUAGGCGCUAUAUAAAUACAUAGAUAGGGUCAUGUUUAAGAAAUAUUAUGUAGUGGGGAGUGGGGGAAGCAGGCUCGGGGUGCCGAGCCCGGGUCCCCGCUGCAGACGCGAGCCCCACGCCAAACAGUCAAUCUCGCACACAUGCACAGGAAGCUCUCCCGACGGAAGCCUAACGGAUCGCUCGCACACACGCCAGGGGGCGCCCUCUCCCCCGUUUCAGGACUUUGUGGAGUCAGCCCGUGCAGCUCUUUACCUCUGUUGCCCUGGUUGCAGGUAGACUGUCAAUCCCAGAAGUUGCUAGGUGCUGAAGGCAGGACAAGGAGGAGGAUUUAUUUAGCAGGUGCUCUCCUCUAGCAGGUAGUGUUCUAUCUCUUUUGCCCCUGGUGAUGUCAAAAGAUUCUUCUGUUAGCAACCUGUGAUAACUGACCUGCAACUUUAGGCACCAGUAAAGUCAGCCCUCACCUCCCCCUACCUAUUCUCCCCAAUCGAAAUCAAAUUGACAUCUGUCUGUCUUGGCCAUGGGGCUUCCACUGGGGAAAAAAAUGGGACCGUGAACCUCACCUUGUGAUUUAAGCUAAUUAGUAAUUCGUGAUGCAACCAACCGGAAUCCCUGCUCAUGCCCUGGGGCUUGAUCACAGCUGGCAGCCUCUGGCCCCUUUGAUGGGUGCUUGGUCCUGGCCCUUGCUGGACCCUCAGCCUGUUUCCUGGAUGGGCUGAUCCCUAAGAUCACAGCGCUGGGCCCGUGGGGCUGGAAAAGAGGAGGCCCCUGCUAACUGUGGUGCUCACCUGUCCCCUCCUCGCUCCAGCCGCCCUCCACCUCCAUCCUGUGGCCUGGAGCCCACCAGCACCACCCCUGGAGGGCAGGCGGGGGAGGAGGGCUGCCCCGGCAGUCCAGGUGCUCCCUCCCCCGCUGGCUGAGGUCUCCAGCCCACAGCGGCAGGGCAGUCGGGUGGGCCUACCUUUGAAGCUCCUGGCUCUCCUGCGCUGACUGCCGGCACCUGUGAAGGAACUGGCCGUUCUCCCUAACCCAGCUCCCCCGGGGCUUCAGAGCCAAACACGUAGCACCCCAGGGGACUGGUGUGGCAGUCUGGGAGCACUGGGCACAGGCCUCCUCGCGGCUACUGGAGAGCACCUGAGCAGGCCCCAGAGUGGCCCCGCUGCCCCGUGGGCGAGGGGGCCCAGCGCAGGGACAGGAGGCGACAAUCACCAGCUUUUCUUCCAGCCCAGCCUUCGGGCUUGGCCUCAUGGUAGAGCCUGGUAGGUGCAGGGGACCUUGGGAGUGUGCCAGUAUGGCCCAGUGGGACACUCUAAAGCCACAAACAGGCCUAGGGUGCUUCUUGGGCCACCCGCCUUCUAUGGGGGGGACUUCGCCUGAGUGGGCGGAGCCGGGGAAGGUAUUAGGCGAGGGGGCACCAUCAGGCCCAGGGGGGAUUCUUGAGGAUGUUCCCUGUAGAAUUUUCUUUCCAAAGAGCAGGCCCGUUUUCCCUGGGAAGGCAGGGUUCUGGAGCCUCCCUGCCACAGGUGCCAGGUGGAGCUUGAUGCCAAAGAGACGGUGCCCUCGCCUGGGGGCGGCAGCUAGGUGCCGGGGUCAGGAGGGCCAGGACCUCUUUCCCAGCAGGUGGCCGCUGAGCCCCACUGAAAGGGCCCCAAGCUGGCUGGGGCUGACCCUUGUACGCCUGCGACUGUGUGGUGGGUGCCUAGGCACAUAGGCAAGCAGCAGGCGGGGAAGCCAGCAAGCCAGGGCUAGAGGAGUCUCGGGCCUGGGCGGUCUGGCGUUACCCUAUGCACAUCCUGUUGAAGAGCAGACGCCCCUGAGGAGUCCGUGGGGCCACUUGGUCUUGGUGUGGCUGUCAAGUGAGCGGCCCAGGUGCUCUCUGAACUGUGGCCGGGGUUGUGGGCUGGGCCAGCCAGCCCCGGCAGGAGGGAGGGCGUCCCGGCCGGCUCCCCUCACUCCCCACUUAGCUGGUCCCCAAGCAUUGGCCACUCCCAGGGCAGCCCGAUUGGGUGGCCAGCCUCCCCGGCCCGGAAAGACUUCUCACAGCAGACCCGCGGGCACGCCUGCGCCCGGCUGUGUUUGGAGCAGAUUUCGGAGGCAGUGCUGAGCCCCUGUGGCUGUUCUCAGUCAGGGCACUGCGGCGCUAGUGUGGUUCGAGCCGUCACCCUCAGGAGGCAGUGGGUGGGGUCGGACCUGGCGGGGUCACCUCCUUGGUCUGAGUGAUCCGAGUGUGUCAUCAGGCUUCUAUGGUUUGCUUGUGACUAGAGGGCGACACUGGAGUUGGGCAGGGAGUGGCUACAGCCCCCCCCCCGCCCCCCAGAGUGGGAGAGGAGUUAGGGAGGGGCGGCCCAGAGCGGCAGGUGGCAGCUCCCGGGGAGGAAGGGGCCCAGGCUGCUUUGCAGGAUGUGCGCUCGGUCUGUGCGCUGUGGUUAAGGAAGCUGAGGUCUUAGAAGGCAAGGCCCUUGGACCUGUGUGUCGCCGAGAACCGGGCUCUGACCCCAGCCCUGGAGUGUGGGGGAAGGGAGAAGCCGGGAGACAGGAGAGAACGGCCCUUAGCUAGUGGUGACCUGGCCCUCAGGCCAGCUCUGGCUGGGGACUCGCUUCCCCGCCCGGAGGCCCCUGGCCCGACUUCCCCAUCUCCUUCCCCCUCUGAGGGCGCUCCCCUGCGCCUGCCGCGGCCUCCAGCUGCUGCCCGAGGACAUGAGCAGUGACCUAACGCAUCACCAUCGUCCCACUCCCCUCCAUGGACCGAUCUGGUUGCAUAGCCCUAGAAUCUGACAGACAAAAACGCUGAAAUUCCUUAGAAUACGCAGAGGGAGGAGGUGACUCAACAAGGUGCUAAAACAUUUUAUUAAAAAUAUAUAUUGUUAAAUUAAGUCUGCUGUCUGGACAAUGACUGUUUGUUUUGUUUUCUUGUAGUGGAGUUUAAAAGAGACUAUUAUUUUACUCUGAUAUAUUAUUAUUAAAAAGGCAUUUUAACUUUGUACUUGAAAACUAAAUGAGCGAUUUCAUGUGUUUUAGCUGAGGCAUUGAAGUAGCGGGUGCUUACUUACUUGUGGGAAAUCAUGUAUCCAUACUGAAGAGUAAACUCCGUAGCUGAUUGGGGAAUAACUUUUACUGUUACAGACGAUUCGCUUUGACCCCUGGUGGCAGAGCGCUCACUCCACAUUCCACGCAGCUAAAUGCAGGACCUUCCAGAAGCUUCUCCCCUUCCCCCGCCCCUCUCCUUUCUCUUAAGUUCCUCCUUUUUUUUUUUUUUUUUUUUUUGUUGUUGUUGUUGUUUUGUUUUGUUUUUGUUCUUCCUUCUUCCUGGUUCUGGCAUCCUUUCACCACUGUAUUUUUUUGUUUGUUUUUAGGGUUGCUUCUCUAUUUAUUGACAAUAAUAAUGUACAUUUCACAGUCUGGUUCUGGGCCAUCGGGGAGGGGCGUGGGUCCCUGUCCCGGGUGUCCUCUUGUACUCUGUGUAAGUGAUGCUCGUGACAUAGCUGUUUAUGAAAUAAUUAAAGAGGUCAAUGCGUACA